AUGUCGCUCUUCGGGAAUACGAAUCAAAACAAGCCAUCACUCUUUGGUGCACCGCAGACAACAGGAGCGGCUACAGGUGCGAGUGCAGGAGGUCUUUUUGGUGGUUUGGGAACGACUGCGACUAGUCAGGCGCCAUCAUCGGGAGGAAUGUUCGGUGGAAUGGGAGCUACAAGUCAACCACAAUCGACUGGAGGCCUUUUUGGAACAACAACAAGCCAACCUCAAUCAACUGGCGGCCUUUUUGGUGCAGCUAAACCUCAACAACAAUCAGGGACAGGAUCCGGUGGUUUAUUUGGAGGACUUGGAGCAACUCCAGCAGCAACACAACCACAACAAACAGGCGGUCUCUUUGGUGCGACUACACAACCACAAACUACAAGCAGCACAACCGGAGGUCUCUUUGGUAAUUCUUUGGCACAACCACAACAGCAGCCGCAACAAAACACUGGUGGACUUUUCGGAAAUACUACCACACAGCCCAACCCUUCAGGAUCAAUGUUCGGACCUACUCCACAAACUCAACCUCUCUCGCAAUCUCGACAACAAAAUGGAACGAGCGGUGCCUAUUUUGAUGCUAUAUUGGAGAAGAGUCGUAAGAGAGCACACGAUGAGGAUUCUUUGGGCUUACAAUUAGGUUUGGGGGAUAUUCGCCAGCGCAUGAAGAGACUGGCUCCUAGUACCCAAGAUGGCUCUGUCGAUGGACGAGCUCAUUAUCUAUUGGCAGCUUCUGGCGUAGAUCCAGGCGCUGCGCUCAGAGAUUUGAAUUUAUUCACCGCUGCCACGGGAAGACUCGAUAGGACAGCGCCUGCAGAAGCACCCGUUGAUGCGGAUGUCGAAGCAUACCUUACACGCCUGGAAACGCAAACCACAAUGAGCAUGAUAUCUGAAGGGCUGGCACGAUCUGUUCGAGAUUUUGAUGAUUUCCUGGAGGAGAAUGUUGCCAUGGAAUGGAGCGCACAACGCAAGAGAAUAUACGAACAUUUUGGAAUUAAGCCCAGAAGAGAACAGACAACGGGGCCAUCAGUAAGCUUUGCAGCUACAGCUACAGAAUCUAUGGGCGGUUUUGGUCGAUCAAGACGCGGCAAAGGACUUGCUCCUGGAGCAUCUAAAGGACCUGGAAUUCCGCGGGCUAGUGUUUUUGGAAAAUCAAGCAUGCAGAGAUCUGUCAUAGGAGCUAUUACUCCAGGCGGAACCGCAAACCGCACACUAUUUACCGAUAUAGAGAAAGCAGAUACGAAUGGGUCGGCACCAGUUCCAAGUGACCGAUUUAUUCGCGAGAAGCAGGCUCGAUAUAUCGAGAAAGUCCAGAAUCUCAAUGGUGCUAGACUAAAGAAUCUUCACUUCCCAAUUGCGAACGAAUUCUCAACUGUUGUGGCCCAAGGUGGUGAACAGCAUUCUGCAGAUGUUUACAGGGCAUAUAGGUGCUUGAUGGAAAUCGUUGGCGAAGAUCCCGACCCGGACAGACUACAACUCCCUGGCGCCGUCAAACAGAGACAGUUUGCAGCUGCAUACCUGGAUGACAAUACAAACUCAGCUCAAGCGGCCGAUUUGAAAAAGCGGAUACUCAGUGGAUCACUUCGAUAUCUUGAAAAGGAAUUUUUCGAGAACGUAGAAACCAUUGUUGCCAAAAAUCCCAGGGAAGCACUUGUGGGUGGUAAGCCUAGUCCUCUCACAAAAAUCCAAGGUUAUGUUCGUCUGCGCUCAGCCCGUAAAGACCUUGCUACAGAUAUCUCCGCUCUACAAAUUGUCAAUGAUGAUUACGUCUGGGCAGUUGUCUUUUAUCUCCUAAGAUCUGGCCACGUUGAGGAAGCCAAUGCUUAUGUCCAAGGGAAUAGGGAAGCAUUUAGAGUAAUUGACCGAAGCUUCAUGUUUUAUAUCGCAGAAUAUGCCAAUAGUCCAGACAGAAAAUUAAGUCAUGAUCUUCAAAAUCGUAUUCAAAGCGAAUACAGCCAGCGAAAUCGAAUCUCCCCUGAGGGUUCUAUCGAUCCUUUCAGAAUGGCAUGCUACAAGAUAAUCGGUCGCUGCGAACUCCACGUUCGCGCUCUGGAUCAAAACAUUGUCCAGAACCAGGAUGACUUUGUCUGGAUACAAUUUGUCCUUGCGCGCGAAGCCAACCGAGUCGAUGAAAUUGCCAGCGAUGCAUAUGGACUCGCCAAUGUACAAAAGACUUUCAAAGAUAUUGGUGCCCGUAUGUUUUCCAAGGGAAAUGAAAAUAGUGGACCAUUUAGUGUGUACUUUGUGCUGUUGGUACUUUCAGGCUUAUUCGAAGAUGCAAUCGACCUUCUUUAUCGCCAUAGUAUUUCUGAUUGUGUUCAUUUCGCCACGGCACUUGACUUUUACGGUUUGCUCCGAGUCUCAGAUCCAGAUGUUGCGGAGGGUGGAUUCUUAAGUUACACAAUAAGACAGCAACCUCAGAUAGCAUUUGGAUUAAUGAUGGGAUUUUACACUGCAGAAUUCAGAGCUGCUAAUGUCAGUGCUGCCGUGGAUUAUCUCACCUUGAUCUGUCUUAACAGUGACCUUAAAGGCGAUGCUGGUUCAAAACAAGUCGCAUUAUGCCACGAAGCUCUCCAAGAGCUGAUUUUGGAAAGCAGAGAAUUUGCUUUGUUGCUUGGAGAUAUCAGACAAGAUGGAAAGCGUCUAAAGGGAGUUAUCGAAGAACGCCUGGAACUUAUCAAUCUCAGCAGCGCGGAUGAUUUCAUGAGAACAGUUACGAUACAGGCGGGAAGUGUCGCGGACGAUAAUGGGCGAACCACCGAUGCAGUCCUACUUUAUCAUUUGGCGGAAGAGUAUGACACCGUCGUUAGUAUCCUUAACAGAGCCCUUAGCGAAGCUAUUGCCGUGCCUGUAGGCCAUAGCCCGUUGCGAUUACAACCACUCAAGCCAAGGCCUGGAGAUAAAUCUGGAAGAGAGGCCCACACCAGUCUCAGUCUUACGUCAAUUGAUGAUCCUUUCGAAUUGGCUACCAUCAUGACGAAGCUCUACUCAAAUAAUCGCAUGUAUCUCAACAAGAUUAAGCAAGAGAACCGUGCAGCUUGCGAGGCUUUGUUGAAUAUCUGUCGUGCCAAGGAAUUUGUUGAAAACAGACAAUGGGCUGAAGCAUUAGAUGUUGUCCAGAAUCUUGACAUUCUUCCCUUGAGCGCCGAGGGCAAUCCAAGUGCAGUACGAAGUUAUGCCACCAAAUUUUCAUCGCUCUCCCAAGAAGUUGCAAACACUAUCCCUAGUCUUUUGACAUGGACAGUUUUGUGUUGCAACAACCAAAGAACUUCCCUCAUGAAUGCCCAAUAUGGAGGUAAUGAGGGUACCAGACGACUGAUGAUAAAUCAAUUGAGACAACAAAACAUGGACUUGACGACUUAUACUAGUCAAUUGAGAUACAGAUUUCCUGCGUCUCUUCAUGAAGCUCUUGCGAGGGCUCAAUCGGAGUAA